GCAACCAACCAGGGACAACAAAGGAGGUUGGUGAAUUCACCUGUUGAGCGAAAGCAUCAGCGGAGGAUCUUGGAAGUGAGUUUAUACUCCUGUACUGAUUCACUGUGACUACAACUUCCCUUCAUGGACAAAUUAAAGCGAGUACUCACUGGCCAGGACAGUAACGACAACUCCAACGUAUUGUCAGAGGCAGUAUCCGAUGCAACAUCCUUAGGAUGGAGCACAAGGGUGAAAGGGUUCAUUGCCUGCUUCGCAAUAGGUGUGCUGUGUUCAAUACUGGGAGUCUGUUUACUGUGGGUGCCUAGAAAUGGAUUAGUACUGUUUGCUGUCUUUUACACACUUGGAAAUAUUUCAGCCAUUGGAAGCACUUUUUUUCUAAUGGGACCCUUAAAGCAGAUGAAGAAAAUGGUUGAGCCAACUCGAGCCAUAGCCACCACUGUAAUGUUGGUGUCUCUGAUCUUAACACUGUGCUCUGCAUUUUGGUGGAAGAACAAGGGGCUUGCUGUGCUGUUUUGCAUUAUGCAGUUUUUCGCAUUUGCAUGGUAUAGUUUAUCCUUUAUACCAUUUGCGAGAGAUGCUGUGAAGAGUUGCUUUUCAGUCUGCUUGUCUUAAAGAUGCCUUGUUCUGCUCUGUUUAUGUAUAUGUAUGUGUGUGUGUGUGUGUGUGUGUAUAUAUAUAUAUAUGUGUGAAGGUGGUCUGUAGGAGGGGAGAAUGUGGUGUCCAAAGCUCUAAUACUAAACUCUAUACUAACACAGGUGGGGUAAUUUGCUUUUAUACUGUAAAAAAAUCUUAGUUUAAACAGUGUUCUGCCACACAGGCUCCUUCACAUGUGGGGCAAGUUAUGUUUAACAAGCCUAUACUGUAUCUCACAGUGUCUUAAUAAUGUCUGCCUACUGUUUUUUUUUUUUUUUGGUGAAAUAAUUAUUAAAUUGUUAAAUAAAAUAAAAUAAAUAAAGAUUUAGCUUUGAUCAAAGCAUCAAAAAGCUCACAGGAAUCUUACACCAUAUGAGAGAAAACAUACCUAAAAAUAAUGAUAACAAACUUUUGGUACAAAUAUUUUGAUGGUGUUGAUACUGCAGGAGUGUCCAAACCAUGUCUGCCUGGUAGAUCGAUGCAUCCAAUAUGCCAUUUAUCUUGUAACUAGUUAAAGAGCUUCAGUGUCUUAUAUGGAGACAAACAAUAAUAAUACAAGGGCAUACCCAAGACCGUGCCUGGUUAAGAGAUAUGCAGUGUUGAAAGACUUACAGUUUUAAUUUCAGUUUCCUGUAGAAAAAGAAUAAUGGAAGUUGCUGCCAAUUGUAUUGAAAGUGUCCUUAUAGAUAGAUAUCGAUUGUAUUGAAAGUGUCCUUACAUAUUACUGAUUUUUAUUCCAACAUUUGGAAAAUGUAAAUAUAAUAAUCCUACUAACACAUAAUGAGAAUAUUUACAUUCCAAUAUUGGUAAUUUGUUCCUAAUGGAAAAACAGAUUAAGGCUAAGAAUGUAAAUUAAUAUUAUAUGAUGUAGCCAACUUUACAACCUCCAUUGUGUAAAGCACUAGAUUUAUUGAGCUUUUGCUCCAGUGAAGUUUGCGCCACUUUAAAAUUACAAAUUAAAAAAAGAACAGGUGCGUCUGAAGUGCCUGCCGCUUUAGGAAGCAACCUUUUAUAGACCAUGUUCUGCCACAUCACCCCUUUCCUCCACUAUCUUCAAUCUGGCCCCAACAUUAUUUCAAUAAUAUUUAUCUUGUUACUUAUGAAAAUCCUUCUGUUAGCUACACUGUCAAUUUUGGCCAACAUGAAAUGUGCACAGACAUGCAGUUUACAUCUGUAGUAUAAAGCAUUUUGACAGUCUAUGAAUUAUAAAUAUAUAAAACUUAGUGAAACAGUUACGAGUUAAAUUCCAACAAAAUGGAGAACAAACAGGUUAAACACUGGUACAAUAGUGAUAAGUCAACAUAAUUACAAGAAAUUACAAAGUACAUUCAGUUCUGUCUUAAACCUAUGUAUUUGGCAGUGCGUUGGCAAGGAAUAUACCACUGUAAAACACUAAAAGUUUAUUUUGGGGAGAAAGGAAACAUGUUAUGAAUCAAAGUAAGGGUCUUGUGGUUGAGUGGCUGUUUUUUUUUUUUUUAACGUUUUGUUGAAAAUUUAAGUAUUUUACAGGGAGUUACACUGUAAGACAAAGUUCUGUACUUUAAUCUCUUCUACUUUACACUGUUUGAAUGCUAACUUUUGUAAUGCAUUUUAUGUUGAUGUAUCUGUUUAGCUUUUAAAUAUACGAAAGGUUAAAAAAUAUAUAUAUAUAUUCUGUUACUUUAAAAACAUUCAGUCUUUGCUGUGGUAAAAUCAAGGUUAAAAAUAAACCAGAUUCUUUGUGAA